AUGUCAAGUGCGAAAGUAGAAUCGCAGGACGGGAGGCAGGGUGUGGAUCUGGACCAGAUCCUCAUUGAAGAGGUGGGCCAGUUUGGACGGUACCAGAUCGUGACGCUUCUGCUUGCUGCCUUCCCUGUGAUCUUCUCUGCGUUCGCCUCGGGAGAGUAUAUCUUCACGAUAGCUAGAAUUCCUACUAGGUGUUUGAUUCCGCAAUGCGAUGGCCCCAAUCCGGAGUACGCCCCUUCCUGGGUGCUGAACGCGAUCCCUGGCACGAGUAUCGACAGUUUCGAGAACUGCGAGCGCUAUGUCAACAGUACCCAGGGUACUGACGUGAGCGGCGUGUGCCCUGCUGCCUGGUUCGACACCUCUCGUACAGAGAGCUGUCAGGACUACGUAUACGAAAACACAAAUACUAUUGUUUAUGAUUUCAACAUGGCCUGUGAUGAAUGGCGACGCUCUCAGAUCGGCUCUAUACGCACUAUCGGUACUCUGCUGGUGCUGCCAAUCACCGGCUACAUCUCAGAUCGCUGGGGCCGCCGCGUGGCCCUCACCAUCAACGCUUUCAAUACGGGCUGGAUCGGCCUCGUCCGCUCCUUUGUCAACUCCUACGAAUGGUUUCUUGCGCUCGAGGUUAUCGAGUCUACCGUAGGAUCUGGUGCCUACUCAUCUUGUUAUAUAUUAGUCACGGAGCUAGUGGGGCCAAAAUACCGAGUGAUAGCUGGAGCAACGAUGUCAACGAUGUUUGCCCUUGGACAAGUAAUCCUUGGUUUCAUAGCAUGGGGAGUUCAACCGUGGAGAACACUUACACAAGUUCUUUAUGUUCCACAACUGCUAGUCGUAUCUUAUUUCUGGAUCCUGUCUGAAUCAGUCCGUUGGCUUAUGAGCAAAGGAAGAUAUGAAGAGUCUGAAGCAAUUCUCAAGAAAGUGGCCAAAACAAAUAAGAAAAAACUUUCUGAAAAGUCAUUACAGUACUUCAGAUCGACGGCCGAUGCGGAUAAGCUUGUUGAAAAACCGAAAGAGCCUUGGCUGCCGAUUUUAGUUUUUAGAUCUCGUGCUAUUUUAUUCAGAUGCGUUGUUUCUCCAAUCUGGUGGGUAACAAAUACAUUGGUGUAUUAUGGUAUGUCGAUCAAUGCCGUCAACUUGUCUGGGAACCAGUACCUCAACUAUGUGGCUGUCACAGCUAUUGAAAUCCCUGGAUACUGGACGGCUAUACUUCUGCUUGAUCGCAUUGGAAGAAAGCCGGUGCUCAUCAUCGGCUAUUGGCUUUGCGCUGCUUGUCAGUUUGCAUUCGCCUUUAUGCCUGAAGGUAACGAAGGUCUAUCAUUGGCAUUAUAUCUGAUAGGCAAGUACAGUAUCGCUAUGGUGUUGACGUCGGUGUACGUGUACACGGCGGAGCUCUACCCCACCAAGUACCGUCACAGUCUGUUCGCCUUCUCCUCCAUGGUGGGCCGCCUUGGAUCUAUUACUGCGCCGUUGACACCGGCUCUUGCGCUAGAAAUAUGGACGAGUUUGCCUUCUGUCCUCUUUGGAAGUUUCGCUCUUCUAUCCGGACUUUUGAUAUUUACAACGCCAGAGACACUCGGCACCAAACUACCGGACACAAUUGAGGAAGCAGAACAGCUCAGCAAGAAGAAACCAACCACAGAUCUUUAA